AUGACGGCUCAACCGACGCCGCCGCUGAGCAACGGCUCGUCGUCGGCAUCGCCCGACUCGACACCAUCUCAUCCUUCUCCGCCGGCGUCGCAGCUGCCCGACUAUGCCGUAGCCGUGGGCGCCACCUCGGCCGCCUCUGCAUCCUGCCCUCCUGGCGAGGUCGAUCAGAUCGCCCGCACACUCACCAACGCCUCGCUCAAGAUCUGCGAUGGGCCCGGUCUGUCCCCCGCCGAGCGCAAAGAGCUCGACAAGGCCCUCAAGGAAGGCGUCAAGAUCGGCUUGAACACCAUGCCUCAGCAGCUCAUCCAGAUCGACGAGAUCAAGCAGCAUCUCAGACUCAUCGAUCUCUUCGAUCGCCUUCGACAGGCUGUGCACGACGGCACCGAGUACUUUGACUAUCCCACCUGUCAUCACGAUCAAGGCCACAUCGACGUGCCCGGCAUCGACGCCCCUCCUCCUCCCUACGCUCCCACCGCAGAGCCGCCUCCCAUCACCAACUCCAAGUCUGGCCGUCAACCCACCAAGAAGGAGGCCGACCAGGCUGCCGCAGAGUUAAGCCUCCAGCUCACCCGCGAGCGUCGUUGGGGCAUCUACCUCAAUCGCGCCGCCUAUCGCCUCGAGCUUUGGCUCACUUUCAUCCUCACCUCAGACCGCCUCACGGCGCACCUUCGGCUGGAGCAAGACGCCGACAAAGACAAUGCGCUCGGCCGCACUCACGGAUUCGAGCUCCCUACCUGGGCUCUUCCCCCCGUCGAUGUCGCGCUCAUGCUCCACUCCUACCACCUCAACCCUCUCACAAAGACCGAGGACACCGAGCGCAUGCGCACACGUCGCCUCCUAGCCUUUUACAACUUCCCUUUGAAGCAGCUCGCCGAGCGAAUUCACGACACCCUCCCCAUCUUCAACAACGUCGAAGAUGCGCAGUACUUCUGGGACGAUCGCAUCACGCGCCAACGUUCCAAGCAGCCGUGGGACCUCAGCCUCCUGCCUCCGCCCGGCCAUCCCACAAACGCGCAGGAAUCCAAUGGCGGCACCAUCUUUGGCCUCCGUGUCAACUGCCCGCGUUGCAGCGUGCCUCAGUACAUCCCCUGGACCGGCGUCGGCAAGGAGCCCCAUGAACUCGGCAUCGGCGAGCUCGGCUGGCAGCGCAACUGCGCAGACACCUCCAAUUGCGAACAGCCCGUAUCCGCCGAGCAUCUCCAGAUGCGCCGUUUCCUCGACGACUUCCGCAAGUGGCGCGUCUCUCCCGGUCGACCCUCUGCGGCCGCCAAAGACCAGAAGGUCUUCUUCAUGGCCGGCACCAUGCUUGCAUCCAUGAAUGCGCAGCGCUCCGCCCGGGACUAUAUGGGCGACUCGCUCUUCGUUCCCAUCUUCAAGCACGAGAAGCCCAACGAGGCGUCCAAGUACAUGGACCGUCGCGUGGCACCCAACGCAGAGCUGCAGGAGAUCGAGCACGUCGCAGUGCAGUGCGACUAUAAUCUCAGUGUCUUCCGCAACUGGCUCGAGGACCGCUGGACGAGCGCAGCCAUCCAGCCUCGCCUCAAGCUGCCCGAAGAAAAGGCUCAGCAGAUGGCGCGCAUCGCCAUCCUCAUGCGGCCUUACCAGAACGGAAACGCUGCUGCCUACGGCGAGGGCCUCUGCGACCUCGUCGACGCCGUCAAGCGACAGUCCUUCUUCAACACCGAGAUGGGCAAUCUUGGCUGGUCCAAGCAUCCCAAGCUGCUCGAGCGUGGCGAUCUGGAUGACGUGCUCUCACGCAGCCUCAUCCGUUAUCAUCGCUUCCUCGGCCUCAUGGCGACCACUUACAACCUGCUCACGCCUACGCUUGAUAUCGACCUAGCCUGGCAUACGCAUCAGCUCCGUGCGCGCUAUUACGACCACUGCCAGAUGCUCGUCGGUCGCUUCAUCAAUCACGAUGACGCCAUCGAGACGGGCAUCCUGAAGGAUGCCUUCGAUCGCACCGCUCAGCUCUGGAAGAGCAAAUACGGUCAGCCUUACUCGAUGUGUGGCUGCGUCUACAACAACCCUGGCACCAUCAAGAAGCUCAAGGCGCUCAUGGGCAGUGGCGCAGAUGCGACCGAGCCGGGUCAGGAGGCCGUCCAGUCCGGCAAGGGUUCAAGUUUCACCUCGCGAAUGAAGGGCAAGUGGAGAGCUGCCAAGGAGCUGCCAGGCGACAAGCAGGAUGACGCAGUGCUGUGGCAAGACGCCACACAUCCGAGUGCCCAUCAAGCUGUGAUUGUCAAGGAGGAAGAGCACAGACACGACAAGCUCCGCGAGGAGAUGGUCCGCGAGUGGGCCCAAGGCAAGCGCCGCGAGGGACACGAGAGCGCAUUUGUCUUCGGCUACAACACACCGGGCCUCUACCCCUUCUACUACAGCCCGCUGUACAGCACCCACUACGUCAGCAGAGGAUCGACUGGCGAUUCGACGCUCAACGCCUACAGCCUGUACGGCGUAUAUGGCAUGAUGGCCGUCAGCGGCUUCGGCAUGGGUGCCGGUGUCGCUAUGGGCGCCGCAUGCGGUGGCGGAGUCGCUGGCUGCGGAGGCGGCGGCGGAUGCGGUGGCGGCGGCUCUUGA